AUGUCGGACGAGCACGAAGACACCGGGCGUACGCGCUACAGCACGCCUGAGCCAAAUCUGGACGACCACCGCAACCAGCCGGAGAGCCUGCCACUAGCUCAUGAAGGCCAUCCUGGUACCAGACGCGGCACACUCGCAAGUCUCGCUAGUGUCGAGCGACCCAGGCUAGAGGCGCCGCAGCUUGAGGCCCACGGCUCCAUUACGCGAGAUUUUGAGAAUGCUAUUCUCGACGACGAUGAGAGAAGCAUUCGCAGUAACCGUUCAACCGGCUCUAAGCGCUCUGGCACUCCAGUCGUGGCACGGCGUAGCACUUUCCGUCGUGCCAUCCACAACCGGCAGCGCGAAGCCGGACAUGUCUCUAGAGACUCCUCGCGUACCAGGUCCACGUCACCUCCAAACUCUGUGGAUGCAUUCGCACCGCCGAAGAGGGGCCGCGCAGGCACCGCAAACAGCAAGGGAGCAUCUGUAGAGAACCUCAGUCUGCACCGCACCAUUUCCAAUGCUACCCACGAGCGCCGCCGACUCACUGGCGCUGACGAAGGCACCGCAGGUCACAGGACGAGCGUGGCUUCCAUCCGCAGCUCUGUGCAGGAAGACAUAUGCUUCCCACCAGAGGAGCCUCCGAACACGUACACGAUCGACUUCGAAGACCUCGAAGAAUUUGUGGCGCAGACGCACACCAAGACACCACUCGCGCAUCCGUUCAUGCCACAUUUUGGUCAGCGCGACGAGACACAAGCCAAGCGUGUCUUCCACGAUCUGCGACACGGUGAAGCUGCUGGUAACGUCCCACUCGAGGGCAUGGAGAAUUACGCUUCCGGGAUGAGUGGCAAGACGGUCACGGACGAGAAGGCAGCCGAGGCAGACUCCUCCGAAGAAGAUCUCAAGCGGGUCAUAAGCAACACCGAGAUGCAGAAUCGCUUUACCUUCUUCUCGUCUGAGAUCGACGAGACCGUUCACGCCCCGGAGCUCGGCGGGCUGCUCAUGCCAGGCGAGACCUUCCGCGAUCUUUUUGAACUCGGUCCAGAAGGCGGUGUCUGGUGGCUCGACAUGCUCAACCCGUCGGAAGAAGAAGUAUUUGCUAUCUGCGGUGCUUUCCGCGUGCAUCCUUUGACUCGCGAGGAUAUCACCACGCAAGAGACGCGCGAAAAAGUCGAGCUCUUCCGCAGCUACUACUUCAUGUGCUUCCGUAGCUUCUACGCCGUCGACAAGACCAGCGAGGACUACCUCGAGCCGAUCAACAUUUACGCCGUCGUCUUCCGCGAGGGUCUCCUCACUUUCAGUUUCUGCCAGAACCCGCAUGCAGCGCACGUUCGCAAGCGUAUCGGCAAGCUGCGCGACUAUGUGAACCUUUCUGCGGACUGGAUCUGUUACGCCCUGAUCGAUGAGAUCGUCGACGCCUUCGCCCCCGUGCUCCGCGAAUUGGAGACGGAGACCGACACUAUCGAAGACAGCGUCUUCACCGCCCGCUUCGAAGACUCCCGCGCUAUCCUCAAGCAGAUCGGCGAGUGCCGCAAGACCGUUAUGUCGCUCCUUCGGCUCUUGGGCGGCAAGGCGGACGUCAUCCGCGGCUUCGCGAAGAAAUGUAACGAAGCGUACCAGUCCGCGCCCCGUGGGGACGUGGGCUUGUACCUGAGCGACGUCCAAGAUCACGUUGUCACCAUGAUGUCGAACCUGUCGCAUUUCGAGAAGAUGCUCGGCCGCAGUCACUCGAACCACUUGUCGCAGAUCAGCUUGAGUCACAUUGAGCAGGGCAGCAGAGCCAACGCCAUGUUGGGCAAGAUUACGGUGUUCGCCACGAUUUUGGUGCCGCUGAAUUUGAUUGCGGGUUUGUUUGGCAUGAACGUACCGGUACCGGGCCGGGAUUCCACGGGGCUGGGGUGGUGGUUUGGCAUUGUGGGAGUGAUUCUGGGUUUCACGUUGAUUUGUGUAGGCACGGCGAAGAAGUUGAGGUGGAUAUGA